UGUGACCUUAAACCUGCCUGGAACAAAACCACCGGUCCUGUGUGUAGUUCAGUUGAGGUUAUCAUUGUUAGGGAUACCACAUUGCCUAUAAGUUAUUGUGUCUUUACUUAUAGUUUGUAUUUUACAUUUUAAUACCGGUGCUAAAUGGAUUCACCAUGGAUGUUCUGGAGGAGGAGACGCCACCUAGUUACGUUCCUGAUAUUCUUGGGAAUAUCGAACAUUUACAUGCUGAGGGUGAAUCUCAACGUAGCAAUUGUAGCCAUGAACUCGCCGUACAACGUCACCUUAAGCAACGGCACCAUUGUUCAGAAGCAAGACUUCAAUUGGAAUUCCAAGAUGCAAGGAGUGGCCCUUAGCUCGUUUUUCUACGGCUACACGUGUACUCAGCUGCUAGGGGGUUGGUUGGGCACCAGAUUCGGAGGCAGGACUGUUUUUGGGUUGGGAGUGCUGGUUACCGCACUCUUCACCACGGUCACUCCCCUCGCUGCCACUACCAACUUCUACCUUUUGGUCGCUGUCAGAGUCAUCGAGGGCGUCUUCGAGGGAGGAACCUACCCGUGUGCCCAAGCCAUUUACGCCCAAUGGGCGCCACCUCAAGAACGGGCACGGAUGACAAGUAUUACAUUUACGGGCAUCUCAGUGGGUACAGUGUUGGGGUUGCAGUUAUCAGGUGUCCUUGGCAGCUGGUUAGGCUGGUCAACGAUAUUCUAUAUCACAGGAAUUAUCGGGCUGUUGUGGUCGGUAGUCUGGUUUCUAGUAGUCAAGAACUGCCCGGAUGACGACCCACACAUAUCUGCCGAAGAGCUCAAGUACAUCAAGAAUUCCUUGGGUCAUAAUGAAAUUGCUGUAAAAACAAAAAAGAUCAAACAUCCUUGGUGUAAGAUUUUGACGUGUCUUCCUUUCUGGGCAAUUAUUGCCACAAACUUCUGCAUGACCUGGAGUCACUACACCAUCCUCACUCUGCUUCCGAUGUUCAUGAAAGAUGUAUACGGCUACCAAGCGAGCAAGUCAGGUUUCAUUACUUCGUUGCCUUAUCUUGUGAUGGGUAUCACCAUGCAGUUCGCGGGCAGUCUUGCCGAUUGGCUCACCAACAAGAACAUAUUCUCUACUACUGUGGUUCGUAAAAUACUCGUCUGCGGAUCCUUCUUGAUACAAUCAAUCUGCUUGGCACUUGUAUGUCACCAGACAUCUAUAGUGGUCAUUAUGCUUCUCCUCAUGACGGAGAUCGGCUCAGAGUCGUUCGCCAUGACGUCUAUAUUUGUCAACUGUCUGGAGCUCGCCCCACAACACGCCAGUAUAAUGUAUGGACUGUCCAACACAGUUGGAACCAUGUCUGGCAGUAUCAGUCCUGUAGUUACAGGUUUUAUUGUUACCGACCAUACGUUGGAGCAGUGGAGGGACGUGUUCUAUGUCGCGAGUUUCUUACUCCUAAUGGGAGCGUUGCUCUACGGCAUGUUCGCUAGGGGAGAGCAGCAACCCUGGGCACUGGUGCAGAACACAAAGACGAAGAAAGACCUCACGAUUGAUGAGAAAUCGCACGAUAAUAAAGGAUACGUUGAGGAACGUCUUUGAUAUUUUGUAAAACUCUACUGUUACGAACUAUAUCGAACUAAAACAUAAAGAUGAUUAAAAACUAUUUUAUAUUUUUAAAGUAAUUUUUAAAUAGUUUAAAUUUAUUAAAAUAAAUGUUCAAAAACAUUUAAAAUUAUUUUACGUUUUUAAAAACAAUUUAAAUUUUAUUUGUGUCAAA